CUAAGACGAGGCUGGAGUUCGACGGAAACGAUCGACUUCCACUGUAGGCUGAGAUUAAACAGUCCCAGUAAAGACAUUGGAAAGUAAAGAUGCUGAAAUCUUCGAAAGGCGCUGACAGAGGAAAAUAAAUAAAUCAAUGCCGAAUGUGGACGACCGGGCCGGGUUUUGCGGGGACGCCCCCUACAGAGCCGUGAGCAGCGAGCACAGCCCCCCCUACAGAGCGCGUCCGUGCGGGCUGAGCGCUGGGUGGCGUCACUCCAGCCCGCGGUGCCAUAUAAGACUGCCCGCACCUGGACACGGAGCAGUCAAUCCCCGCGGGGCCGCACGCACAGACAGUCAGGUGCAUCCUCGACCCCCUCUGAGUUCAGGUGCAGUCACUGCCAGGGCAGCAGCUCUAACAGCCGUUUAUGAAUCUUGCAAACUUCACUUACUUUUCGGGAAUGUGCAACAUGACGGCCGAGUCGCAGCAUUCCCCGACCGAGGCCGCCAGUCCCCUGGGCGUCUCUCCAAACGUCAACCUGGACUCUCCAGUGCCCGGCCAAGGCAAGGACGGCGUGCUGAUCAAGUCCGAGCCCAGGGGGAGCAGCCCGGCAGCGGACCGGGAGGACAACGCUCCGGGCCACGCUGACGAGCAGCUGCCCAGUUCGGGCAGCCGGCGCCGGAAGCGGCCGGUGCAGCGAGGAAAGCCCCCGUACAGCUACAUCGCCCUGAUCGCCAUGGCCAUCGCCAACUCCCCGGAGAGGAAGCUCACCCUGGGCGGCAUCUACAAGUUCAUCAUGGAGCGAUUCCCCUUUUACAGGGAGAACUCGAAGAAGUGGCAGAACUCCAUCCGGCACAACCUCACCCUCAACGACUGCUUCGUCAAGAUCCCCAGGGAGCCGGGGCGACCCGGGAAGGGCAACUACUGGACCCUGGACCCGGCGGCUGAGGACAUGUUCGACAACGGCAGCUUCCUGCGCCGGCGAAAGCGCUUCAAGCGCACGGAUGUGAGCACCUACCCGGGCUACAUGCAGACCUCCAGCGCCUUCACCCCCACCCCCGUGGGCAGACCGUCGUACCCCAACACCUUGUACCCGGGCAUGGGCUCCGGGUACGCCCCGCAGAUGGGCUCCCCUCACCCCGCAGUGCUGCACCACUACCAGGGCUCAGCGGGGGUUGGGCAGGGCCAGCACAGGAUGUUCAGCAUUGACAACCUCAUCAGCCAGCAGUCGCUCAUGCAGCCCGCCGCGGCCGUGGAGCUCAACGCUCCGGCGCUCGGCCUGAACACGGACCUGGGGGGCAUGCCUCCCAGCUGCUCGGUGAGCGUCCCCGACGCCUCCUCCUGUUUCCAGUCCCAGCCCGUCAACCCCUCUGGCGGCGUGCUGAGCAGAACCAGCGGCGCCAUCUCAUCGAGCCUGGCCGCGUACCCCUACCCGCCUUCGUCGCCACCCCACCUGCCCGCGAUGAGCCAGGCCAGCUUCUCCCCGGGUGCCUCGCAGAUGUACUGCCCGGGAAACCGCCUCUCCCUGCCGCCUGUGAGGUCCGGCUCCUGCGCCGAGCACACGGAGCAGCUGCUCGGCGUGUCGGGGUCCCCCAUGAACAGUCUCGGCCAGUUCGGUGCCAAUAACUCGUACGUGAGACAAGCGAACUUUGCAUCCGGUCUGGAGAGGUAUAUGUGAAAGAGACAGUCUAGUAACAGUCGAAACCGCAGCCAAACACUGCUUUGGUGCGGCUCGUAAGAAAAGGACAAACUUAAAAACAUUCCAAGAGAGUGAUCUCUUUUUAAUAUAUUUAUAUUAACUAGUACAAGAAUAUUAUUGUUUAUAUUCCAGCUGACCAAACCUCUUUUGUACCCCAAAAACCGUGUGGUCUUUGACUGCUGUUUCCGCAAAGUUGGACUUCUGAGAGCCGAGAGGAAAGUGUUUAUUUUUGGGUGAAUUUCACAAAAGUGGAAAUACAGUAGUAUGCAAUGUCGUUAACAUGUCUCAAAUCGGAGUUUCGUAAUCUUGUUAAUGUGAACAAAAAACCGUUUAAACAGUUGUUGUCAUUAUUCGUAUAAGACUGUAACGCCAAAAUAUACAUUUGACGUUUCAUAAUGAAGAUAGAAAAACUAAUGACAAGAAAACGAGCUUCAAUUUGUCCCUCUGCUCCCCACCCUUCUUUUCUAACUCCUGUGACACUUCAGAGAAGGAAUCAAGCGGCGCUUAACCGUUUUUAAUUUUUUUCAGAGGAUCUGGAGUUUUGUCUUAUUUGUUAAACAAUAGUCUCGUUACCUUCUGUGCCACUCGGCUCUUUUUCCUGGGCCAAUUCGUCUGUUGAAUUCAUACAGUAACGGUUUUUUCCUGAAAUAUGUAUGUUUCGUUGAGGCCUGGUGCUUCCGCGCACAGUCCACACACUGGAAGGCCAAGAUACUGUAUAACUAUAGAUGUGGUUUGUUACCUGUCUAGCGUCAGAUUGGCCAAUUAAGACUUCUCGUAACUAGGUUCUCAAUGAAGUCUAGUUUUAUUUAUAUUUUCCGUCAGUGUUGGGGACCUUUACGGUAAUAAACCAGAUCUGUGCAAACUUACGUGCGCAAAUGUGUGUUACAUAAAAUAAAAUGACAAAGUUCCCAUAUUUCACACUUC